ACCAUCAUGGCAACAACAGCUGCGGCGGCCGCAGAGAGGACCGUGAUCGGAGAAAUCUUGAGCCCGGCUCGGCGGGAGUGUGGCAUGGAGAUGGAAGACCGGUGCGGGGGCGAGCUCGCAGCAUAAGACACCCGGUGACCCGACACGUGACACGGAGCGCUGCAGCUGCUGAGGCACGUCUGGCAGCAGAGGGCCCGGCGGUACAUAGCUGUACUUGUACGUGAGUGCAGAAGCCAUGAUCCGUGCGUGCGGCGGACUGCUGUGAGCAUACUUCCAUGUACCUACCUGAGCGGGACAUACCCUGUCUGGGACAGUGAGGACAGCUGCAAACAUGUUCUCCCUGCGCUUGGUGACUGCGGAUUAUUAUUUGGCUGCUCCUGUGCCAGGCUUGGAUGUAACCAAAUCCCACUUCCGAGACUGCCCUGUAAGAAGAGUGCCAGUGGUGAGGGUGUUUGGGGCCACCCCUGCAGGUCAGAAGACAUGCCUGCAUCUUCAUGGUAUCUUUCCCUACCUGUAUGUGCCAUAUGAUGGGUAUGGCCAGAAGGAUCCAGAACGCUAUCUCAGGCAGGUGGCCUUCAGCAUUGACCGGGCUCUUAAUGUGGCCUUAGCCAAUCCGUCCGCCAACGUUCAGCAUGUGUUCAAGAUCACCCUGGUUUCUGGAGUCCCCUUCUACGGAUACCAUGAAAAAGAAAGGCAAUUCAUGAAGAUCUAUCUGUACAAUCCAUCUAUGGUGAAAAGAGUGAGUGAACUGCUACAAGGUGGAGCGGUGAUGAAUAAGUGCUAUCAGCCACACGAGGCCCAUAUCCCCUAUCUUCUACAGCUCUUCAUUGACUACAACUUGUAUGGGAUGAACCUGGUCAAUCUUGCUGCUGUGAAGUUCCGGAGGGCACGGAGAAAAGGACAUGGCUCACAAGAUGUGAAGAUGCUGAAAGACACCCUCCCAGGAAGUUCCUUCAGUGCCACCUUUGUACAGUGGGAGGAAGAAGAAAUCCCAAGCUCUUUAAUGUUGGCGGGAGUAGAACCACAAAGUACUUGUGAGCUGGAAGUGGAUGCUGUAGCUGCUGAUAUUUUAAACCGCCAAGAAAUUGAAGCUCAGAUUGGGAAGAAUCCUGGUCUGCAGGCAAUAUGGGAAGAUGAGAAGCAACGUCGUAGAGAGAAGCAGCAAUCUUCCCAAAUCGCUCCACCAGAUUCACAAGAUCGUGGAUUUAUUGCUGUGACAGAAAGUGAAAAAAUGUUUCAGAAAAGACUUAAAGAAAUCCUGAAACAAAAUGACUUCUCAGUGACACUGUCACAUUCGAUGGACUCCGGCAGCGCUGCAGAAGAUUUCUCUGCGGAGCUAACAUUGCAUUCACAGUUGGAUCUGUCGGAGUCUGUUCCUUGUACACCAGCCAACUUAGUGGAGGUGCACAGAGAUCCGCAGGAAAAAAUUGAGCCAUGUGAAGAUAAAGACUGUACAGAUGCUUUGAUUGAUGAAGAAGCCAUUUUAAAUAUCAUGGAAAAUAGUCAGUGCUUCCAACCUGUUUCUCAGAGGUUGAGCCAGUCUCCUGUCUUCUUGAACAACAGUCAAGAUCAAGCCAUGAUAAAAUUGCUAGCUGGUCUAGAAGAUGAUGGCUAUCAAGUGGAUCUGUCCAGGCGGUUAUCACAGCAUAGUUUGUCUGCAAAGUGCAAUACCAUUUUGAAUAGUGAUGAUGAGGAGAAUGAACCACAAGUGGAGAAGGAGGAGAUGGAGCUUAGCAUGUUAAUGUCCCAGAGAUGGGACAGCAACCUGGAAGAACAUGACGGUAAAAGAAAUUUUGGUAAGAACAGUAAUGAAAGCUCGUCAGAAGAGGAGGACUCCACAGACAAUGAAAUGGAGUGGAGUUGUAAUAAGAUGUUUCUAGCAGAUUUUUCUAUACCUCAGUUAGAUGGCACGGCUGAUGAAAACAGCGAUAAUGCCAUGAAUAAUGAAAGUACACUAACCCACUCCUCUAUCAUUGCAAAAAGUAAACUAUCAAUAAAAACCUCCAUCUUUCACAAAGAUGCUGCUUCGCUGGAGCCACAGUCUUCUGCUAAAACCGCAUUCCAGUGUCAGCACACAAGUGCCCUUUCAUCUUCUCAUGUGUUAAAAAACGAGGGCUUAAUCGAAGAGCUCUCCCAGUCACCUGUGGAAAAGGGAACUGAACUUUCCAUCCACACUUUCACAAAUGAUAGCACUUACAGUAUAAAAUAUCCAGCACCUUUUAACAAUUCUGGACAUUCAGAGAUCCUACAUAAAGAAGUAGGGAUGAAUGACAUUGUUUCUAUUCCAGCAAGUGAGAAGAAUGUCUAUGAGGAUGGGAUUUCCUCAGUAAAUAGACAUCUACAGUGCAGGAAAUUCACCAGCAUUAGAAAAGAAAAGGAUGCUGCUUCCUUUUUACAUUUAAACUGGCAUGGUAGUGAAGGUACUUUGGACAGAGCUCACCGAAAUUUCACAGAACUGAGUAAUAACAAAGUUAAAAAAACUGCCGACACAAGCGAUAAAUGUAAUGUCCCACCAAACAGCUUUGCUCAUGCAGCCUUAACUGAAAAUUUUGAUAGGACUGUGGAUGGUGAUAUUAAUGAAGGGCGCCUUAAUAAAAUAAAGGUAACAUAUGAAGAAUUUCAGGAACACAAAGCAGAAUUGACCAGUGUUAACCAGCAGGUGAACAAUUACAAGUUUUUCCCCAGUGUUGUUCUUUCAAACUGUUUGAACCGGCCACAGAAAGCUACAACAAUGUCUUGUAAAAUUCAGAAGCCUAAGAAACCAUCUAGAUUAAAGCUCUUUAAAAAGAUAAAAGGCUCUGCAAGUAAAGAGCCGUUAAGUGUUGGAGGAGAAGUAGACCGUCUAGAAGAUAAAAUACAUGAAACAAAAAGUGAUCUUAAUCAAGACCAGCAGCAGUCAAUGAAACAAGGCAGUAUGGAGUCUUCUGAGGCUGAGGGCUCUGUCGAUUUAAAUGAAGUCAAACUGGUAAAAGACAGCAGCUAUGCUCCUGGUAAUGCAUGUAGCAAAAGUCCACCUGAUGUUGACAGGGUACCAUCCUGUGACAUUGCAGUCAUGAUGGAAGAUGGCGCAUUUCAAGCAAACACUUGUGAAAUGAAUAGCUUUGAAUCUCAAUUUCAAGAGGGCAGUGUAGAUUUGAACCCUUCAUCGUCAGCACUUUAUGGAAAUAAAUAUACUUUAAGGGCAAAAAGGAAAGUCAAUUUUGAAAGCGAAGAUGGGGAGGCAAGCCUGGGCACAAGCAAUUCAAAAGUUAAUCUACCUCAGUCUGUUGAAGCCAAUGAAUAUACAGGUAAUCCUCAAAAGGCACGCAAGCGUAGGAAGAUAUCAAAUAAGUUACCACCAGUAAUUAUUAAGUAUAUAAUUAUUAACAGGUUUAAAGGCCGAAAAAAUAUGCAGGUAAAGAUUGAAAAGUUAGAUUCUAGUGAAGCUCUUGUAACAUUAACAGAUGAAAAACUUGAGCUGUAUGAUAAAAUGGCACCGUUAAAAGAUUUCUGGCCCAAAGUGCCAGACUCCCCUGCAACCAAAUACCCACUACACCCUGUAGUACCAAAGAAGAACAAUAAGAAGAAAACAAAACCGAAAUCUGCUAAGAAAAAGCCUGGGAAGGUCCCAAAGAGGGAAGGUGACAUCCUUAAUCGACCCCUACCUCCACGUAGAAGAAAAGCUUGUGCUUUUCUUACACCUCCAAUGCCAUCGUAUAAUGUUGAAACAGAAGAUUGUGAUACAGACUACAAGGAUGUUAUGUCAAAAUUAGGCUUUCUUACUGAAAGAAGUCCGAGCCCAAUACAUAUGUCUCCUCCACGUUGCUGGUCACCAACAGAUCCACAAGCUGAAGUGCUGAAGAGAAGUCCUGUUGAAGAGACUCCUCUCUUUAAAACGUAUUCCUUUAUUGCAGGAACGAAAGAAGGCGUUUGUACCAAAAAAAGGCAACGAAGAACUCAGACAAACAAAACAAGGAAAAAGAGUCCUUUAAGUUCUCCCACUGUAAACAAGCAAGGAAACAAAAUGAAUCAGACUGAGUUGGUCAAAGACAGUAAAAGACGGAAGGGGAAGCCUAGGCAGAAAAGAAGUGAAAAGGCACCAAGGAAACAUACGAAAAUUAAAGACAGAGAUACAAAAGCAAAUAAAACAGCAGGGUCCGAACCAUUGGUCCAAGAUCAGUCCGGUACCCAAGUAGAUGAAACCACAAAACAAAUAUCUGAUACUCAUUCAGCAGACUUAACUUUGUCUGGAUUUUCUACUGGACAUGUACACUCUACACAGCUUACAUCCUCCAGCACGCAGGAAGACUUUCAGGAAAACACACAAUCUUUCAUUAAUACAACUGCUUCUGUUAGCUCUCAGAACAAUACCAUCACUCAAAAUGAGACUGUUUCAUCAUCACCUCCGCCAUUAAGUCAAGGCAUGGAGUCAUUCAAGUUAAAUAAAGCAAAAACACCAAUCCCGAAUGUGUUUCAGACAAAGGAAUCAAAUGCAACUCAAAAGAUCCCAGGUUCCAUUACUCGCCCCUCUCAGGUAAUACAGAAUGCACAGUUUACCUUAAAGUGCACUCCUUUUACUCAAGAGGAGGAUCCCACAGAAGUACAGAAAAGGCUUUUAGCAUCUGUUGUAAAAUUACGGGACUCCCAAAGUGUACCUGAUGCUAUGCUUUUUGAGAAGUUGCAGUCAAAACUUUUACCAUGCACAAUGAGCAGUCAGCAACAGGUAACUAGUAACCAAGAUCAGAACAAACAAGAUCAGAAUAAACAAAGUGAUUGUUCCUCAGAAAGCCAGUUACCUCGAAGUUCUUUGGUAACUUCUUUAAGAAACCCUAUAAAAUUGGCAACUUGGGAUCAAAAAGGUGAAUUGUUUGAUGGAACACAAUUUAUUCCUCAUAAAUUUAAUCAAAACUGCUUGCCUGAUAUAUUUUCUUGCUCAAAAACACUUCAGAACUCUAUAAAAACAAAUGCGUCACAAGGUAUCCUGGAUGCACAGUGUGGAAUUGCUGUCCUGAAGGAAUUGCUUCACAAAAAGCAAGAGAAAGAGACUGCAACUGCAUCAGAAGAGACCAGUCCUAAACUCAAAAGCAGUCGGUCUUCUCAUACAGACCCAAAGUGUACUAAUAAAAAAUCACAAUGUGCAACACCCAACAAAAAACCAAGGGCUCCUCGUAACACAAAGCCAAAAGCAGCCAAGACUUUGAAAACUGUGCCAGUUAAACAUCCGGCUGAUCGCUCUAUCAAAAGUUCAACGUCUGAUGGAAGUUCUGCAAUUUUUGCUAGCUCUGACUUUGAAAGCUGCUAUUCACUUGAAGAUAGUUUAUCUCCUGAACAUAACUACAAUUUUGAUAUCAAUGCUGUAGGGCAAGCUGGACUUUGUAGUUUAUAUACUGGGAGCCAAUUUAUUCCAGCUGAUCAGAAUUUACCGCAGAAAUUUCUGAGUGAUCCCUUCCCUGCUUUUGCUACAGAAAAUCUAAAACAGGAGAGCCAACAAACGGAACAUUUGAAAGUCCGCAGUGCUUCAGACCAUAAAGUGCUUUUGAGACCUAGUUCCCUUAGCCCGGACUUGUUUGAAAAAUCUUCCAUUAACAAUAAGCAAAGCCCUCUUGUUAACCAAUUUAAAAAUGGAUUAUUCACUCAAAGUGUUCAUCAUCCACCCUUAGAGGAUGGAGUUUUUACCCAGCAUUCAGAAAAUGUAGAGAAUAAUAAAUGUAGACUGGGUAGCCAAGAACUUUUUAGAAAUGCCUCCUUUACUGCAGCACAAUCUGAAUGGAUUCAUACAGAUACAAGUAAUGAAACGAAGGACGCAGCUCUCAAGUCGGUUUCCAGUUCAUCUUUUACUGGACUUGCUUCCUCCCCUGAAAUUGACUUUGUGGAUGGAGAUUUAGAACUAUACAUUUCAAGACAUAGUGGUGGAUUGACGCCCACCCCUGACAGUUCUCCAAGAUCCAUGAGUUCUCCGUCUCAGUCUAAGAAUGGCACUGCCACACCUCGGCCUGUGCACAUUUUAAAACCUCUAAUGUCUCCACCUAGCCGGGAAGAAAUUAUGGCAACUUUAAUGGAUCAUGAUCUGAUGGAAACUAUUUAUCAAGAACCAUUCUUCAGCAAUCCUUCUGAUGCUCCUGAAAAACCAAGAGAGGUUGGAGGCCGCAUUCUCACCAUUGAAACAAAGCUAGCAAAUAAUCUUCCUGAGUUUGAUGGGGAUUUUUCAAUGGAGGGACUAAAGCUGUGGAAGACUGCUUUUUCAGCAAUGACGCAGAACCCUAGGCCAGUGUCGCCCAUUCGAAUGAACAGAUUGCUCAUAGAGCAAGAGAAGCAUAAACAAAGUCGUGAUGAUGAUAUAAAGCUGGUGAUCAUGCCAUGUAAAAGCGCACCUGCUCCCGAGAGGGUUCAACUAUGGCUUCAGGCAAAAGAACUGUAUGAAUGCUCUAAGACCUCAAGUAAAGUUCCUUUAAUCGAAGAGACAGAUGAUGAUAAAAAUACCAAGACUGCUCCAGUGCCCAUCGGCUGCAAUAGCUUGCCUCCAAAGGAGGUACAGAUUUUAAUGGCACAGCCUGCUAGUUUAGAAGAUCAGCCAGGGCACGGAGAAAAAGUAAAGAUCCAUAUCGCCAGCCCUCCUCCUUCCCUUCCGGAUUCAGACUGUGGUGAAGUCGAAGGGUUAACUGAUUCACCGCCUGUAGAAGCGGACAUUGAAUCAAGUGAAAGGACUAAUGAAAAUGAAAUGUCUGAUAGUUCUCUAUCCCCUGCGUCGCCACUGUUGACACCUUGGCAGAACCUUGUAUGUGCAGACGAUAAACCAUCUCCUGAGGACUGCAAGGACUGGGUAGAAGAGAAUCUGAUUUCAUCCCCAAAUGAAUGUAAGGAGGCUGUGAGGAGUGUGAAAAGCGAAGUAAGAACAUCAACACCUUCCCCUCCUCCAAGGACACAGAAAAGACACAAGUCCAAACAUGUCUGUCUACAUAGUACACCGGUCAUUGAAAGAAGGAUUGGAGCAGCAUCCCCUGAGUUGCUAUCACUUACUCCAGUGACAUCUGAAACUCGAUUUCCAAAGAUGAGUCAGAGAAGAGGAGCAAACCCUGAUAAGCUGCGGCGAGUCCUGCUAACUACUCAGUUGAAGAAUCAGUUUGCUGCCAUGGCUGAUGUGAAGAAAGAAAACUCUCAGAUUGAGGGUCCUUCUCUAAAUAAUUCUUAUGGCUUCAAAGUCAGUGCACAGAAUUUACAAGAUGCAAAGGCCUUGCAUGAGGUGCAGCACCUAACACUCAUGUGCAUGGAAUUACAUGCAAGAACUCGAAGAGAUUUGGAGCCAGAUCCUGAGUUUGACCCCGUCUGUGCUGUGUUUUACUGUCUGUCAUCAGACUACCCGCUCGCAGGCAGUGACCAGAAAGAAAUGACUGGUGCGAUUGUGAUUGCACAAGAAACAUCCGCUGAUAAAGAUGCCAGAAGACCUUUAUUGACCAGAUCUGGAGUGACAGGCUUCCAAACGACAUAUGCUACUGAUGAAAAAGAACUGUUUGAACAAUUGAUCGGCUUAGUUAGGAGAUAUGACCCUGAUAUUUUGCUAGGAUAUGAAGUCCAGAUGCACUCCUGGGGUUAUCUUUUACAGCGGGCAUCGGCCCUUAAUGUGAAUCUCUGCCAGCAAAUGUCCAGAGUACCUGCGGAUACAAAUGAGAACCGAUUUUCUGCGGACAAAGAUGAAUAUGGUGCUGAAGCUAUGAGUGAGAUAAAUAUAGUUGGUCGGAUUAUAUUAAAUGUUUGGAGGAUGAUGAGACCUGAGGUUGCUCUGACUAAUUAUACAUUUGAAAAUGUGGCCUUCCAUGUUCUUCACCAAAGGUUCCCACUUUUUACUUUUCGAACAUUAUCAGAUUGGUUUGAUCAUAAAUCUGAUGUUUACAGAUGGCGGAUGAUUGACCAUUACAUGAGCAGGGUGCAUGGAACACUACAGUUACUUGAACAGUUAGAUUUGAUUGGGAGAACUAGUGAACUAGCAAGACUUUUUGGGAUACAGUUUUUGCAUGUCCUAACUAGAGGAUCACAGUACCGAGUUGAAUCAAUGAUGCUCCGCAUUGCAAAACCGAUGAAUUAUAUCCCAGUAACUCCAAGUGUCCAGCAGCGAGCUCAGAUGAGAGCCCCACAGUGCAUACCACUUGUGAUGGAGCCAGAAUCCAAAUUCUACAGCAAUUCAAUAUUGGUGCUAGAUUUUCAGUCCUUGUACCCCUCCAUAGUGAUUGCAUAUAACUACUGCUACUCAACUUGUCUGGGGAACAUAGAGAACCUGGGAAUGUGUGAAGAAUUAAAAUUUGGCUGCACGUCUUUGCAUGUUCCUCCAGACCUUUUGUACCAGCUACGGCAUGACAUUACAAUAUCGCCCAAUGGAGUUGCAUUUGUUAAGGCCCCGGUCAGAAAGGGUGUACUGCCAAGAAUGCUUGAAGAGAUUUUAAAUACCAGAAUAAUGGUAAAACAGUCCAUGAAACAAUAUAAAGAAGACAGAAGCCUUACACGUCUGCUUGAUGCUCGGCAACUGGGAUUGAAAUUAAUUGCCAAUGUCACGUUUGGCUAUACUGCUGCUAGCUUCUCUGGGAGAAUGCCCUGCGUAGAGAUUGGAGACAGUAUUAUCCAUAAAGCCAGAGAGACCUUGGAGCGUGCUAUAAAACUUGUGAAUGACACAAAGAAGUGGGGAGCCAGAGUUGUGUAUGGUGACACCGACAGUAUGUUUGUGCUCCUGAAAGGGGCAACAAAGGAACAGUCCUUCAAAAUAGGGCAAGAAAUUGCUGAAGCGGUCACUGCCACAAACCCAAAGCCAGUGAAGCUAAAGUUUGAAAAGGUGUAUCUCCCCUGUGUUUUGCAAACCAAGAAGAGAUACGUGGGUUAUAUGUAUGAAACCCUUGACCAGAAGGAUCCAGUUUUUGAUGCAAAAGGCAUAGAGACUGUGCGCAGAGAUGCCUGCCCUGCUGUUGGUAAGAUACUUGAAAGUUCUAUUAAGCUGCUAUUUGAAACAAGAGAUAUAAGUCAGAUCAAGCAGUAUGUCCAGAGACAAUGUAUGAAGCUUCUGGAGGGGAAGGCCAGCAUGCAGGAUCUUAUCUUUGCCAAGGAAUACAGAGGAAGCUCUGCUUACAGACCAGGAGCGUGUGUGCCAGCACUGGAGCUCACAAGGAAAAUGGUAGCAUAUGACCGUCGCUCUGAACCACGUGUUGGAGAAAGAGUGCCAUAUGUGAUUGUGUAUGGUUCACCUGGCGUACCCCUUAUUCAGCUUGUGAGACGGCCUAUUGAUGUCCUCCAAGACCAUAAUCUGAGACUUAAUGCAACCUACUACAUUACUAAGCAAAUACUGCCACCACUAAACAGAAUCUUUUCUCUCAUUGGAGUGGAUGUAUUCAGUUGGUACGACGAAUUACCAAGGAUCCAGAAGGCAUACUCCGCAUACUCUACAAUGCGACAUGAACUGGAUGCAAGGAAAGGCACAAUAUCUCAGUAUUUCACAACGUUGCAUUGUCCCAUAUGCGAUGAACUGACACAACAUGGGAUCUGUAGUAAAUGUAGGAGUGAACCACAGCAUGUUGUAGUGAUUCUCAAUCAAGAAAUUCGGGAAUUGGAAUACAGACAAGACCAGCUAGUGAAGUUAUGCAAGAACUGCACGGGCUGCUGUGACCAACAGAUCCAAUGUGUUUCUCUGAACUGUCCAGUACUUUUCAAGCUCUCCCGAGUAAGUCGGGAACUUUCGAAGGCUCCCUAUCUACGUCAGCUCCUUGACCAGUUCUGAAUGCGUUAAGAGAUGACCGGUGCUAUAUCUUUACGUGCUUUUCACACUACAAACUUUUGUGCAUGGUGCUGUUUUGGAUUGCAUUGCUUUUAUGAUUUUUAUGAUUUGUUUAAUAUGACUAUUAUUCAGAGUAACACUCAUCUCCAUCUGUGCUGGGGGUUAACCUAUGUAUUGCUAUCUUUCUACAAUGUACAAAGUAUUUUUUUCCUUUUAUUUCAACUUUGUAACAUACAGUUUUAUAAUGCAGGGGUUUGAACCAGCUAGAGGAAUCAUUGUGUAAAUGCAUUUCUUACAAUAGGCUUUGGUUACUUCCACGGUACGCUGCCUAGGAAGGAGCACUGAAAUCUUGACUAGCAGAAUGCACCUCUCUUUGAUACAUCAGUAUCAGACCUCGGUUCAGUUCUAGAGCACCCAUAUUGUUUCUAGGUUUAAGUGCAAAAUAUUUUGUAAAUAGGCCUUUUUUUACUUUUGAAACAACGGAGUAAAAUAAUGUGCAAUGGGAUUUUAUACAGUUGGUCGGUGUGUGUCCUCCAUGUUUUGCGCCACUCAUUGCCAUCUUUUUUGUUAUUUUUGAUCAGAAUGUGCAAAUUGUUAUUUCUGUGUAACAUUUCAGAUUUGUCAUUUUCUUAAAAAAGAAAAAAAAAGGAAAAUUUUAAAAAAUCUAUAUUGCUGUCUUGCUUUAGCUGUAAUGGGGCAUUGUGAGGAACUGUGCAAAGACCUUCUUUUUGUUAUAAAACUGUGGGACUGUUGCAAUACUUUAAAUAUAAGAUUUAUUCCAUUUUGCUUGUUUUGUAUAGACAUUUCUAUGGUUUCUAAAUAUGCUUAUAAUAUUUUUCUUUCCUUAUGUACAGUUAAAUCUUAUUUGCCAUCAUCCUGAACACGACAGUGUAUUUAGAUUAUUUGUAUAACUGUAUAAAACAAAAACAAAAAAAAGGAAUUAUGUGGUCAGUGUAUCGUUUUCUAAACUGGAAAUCGUUUGAAAAGUUAAAAUGAAAACAAUAUUAAAAACUAAUAAAAUAUAUAAUAUUGUG